CUUGCUGGCGAGGAGGUGCAAACCUGCCACGAGAAAGAUGGCGGCGUCGGCGAAGUCGGCAAACAGCUGGGGAGCGACAGUGUGACCCUGAAGAUACUGUCUUCCAGGGGAGAGGGGGCACCCAAACGUGACAUAGUAGUCAACUACGCCCACACUGUACCAACGCCGCGCAAGCCUUUUUUUAAGGUGGCUCCGAGACGAAAAGAAACGUUUUGGGGAUAGGCCGCUGAGCUGUUGGGGAAUGUGAAGCGAGAGAGCCAGAGGCUUGUCCGGUGUAAUAACACUACCGAAGCCCGCGGAAAUGGGGCAGCAGGUAGGCCGCGUUGGAGAAGGCGCUGUCGCCGGGCUUCAGCCACCCCAUAUCACUCCACCACAACAGCAGCAAGGACGGGCUAACCGGGGAAGCAAUGUUGGGAGGAAACCGCGGGACCCACUGGUGAUCGGCGCUCCACAGGGUAGGAACGCUGCCGCCGUCGGUGCGCCCGAUCCAGGGAUCAAUGUCUUCACUCAACAUUCAGAGGCCCUGCAUCGACCAUUUGGCACAGAUGUAGAUUCGCAAUCACUGACGGAAGCUGUCCGAUGGAGCUCUAAGGAGAAUCUUCUAGGAGCUACAGAGAGUGACCCAAACCUCUUUGUCGCACUUUAUGAUUUUGUUGCAAGUGGAGACAACACGUUAAGCAUCACCAAAGGGGAAAAGUUGCGAGUGCUUGGCUACAACCAGAAUGGUGAAUGGAGUGAAGUACGGUCCAAGAAUGGGCAGGGGUGGGUGCCCAGUAAUUAUAUCACUCCUGUUAACAGCCUGGAGAAGCACUCCUGGUACCAUGGGCCUGUUUCCCGAAGUGCUGCAGAGUAUCUACUUAGCAGUUUAAUAAAUGGCAGCUUUCUGGUUCGGGAGAGUGAAAGCAGCCCUGGUCAGCUUUCUAUCUCCUUGCGCUAUGAAGGCAGAGUCUACCACUAUCGUAUUAACACAGCUUCUGAUGGAAAGGUUUAUGUUACUUCAGAGAGUCGGUUUACUACAUUAGCUGAGCUGGUACAUCAUCAUUCCACAGUAGCAGAUGGAUUGGUCACAACACUACAUUACCCAGCCCCUAAAUGUAAUAAACCCACUGUGUAUGGUGUGUCACCCAUACAUGACAAGUGGGAGAUGGAGCGCACAGACAUCACUAUGAAACACAAGUUGGGAGGAGGCCAGUAUGGUGAAGUUUAUGUUGGAGUAUGGAAAAAAUACAACCUUACUGUUGCUGUCAAAACACUAAAGGAAGACACUAUGGAAGUAGAAGAGUUUCUGAAAGAGGCAUCAGUCAUGAAAGAAAUCAAGCACCCCAACUUGGUCCAGCUGCUAGGUGUCUGCACAUUGGAACCUCCCUUUUACAUUGUGACUGAGUACAUGCCACAUGGGAACCUACUGGAUUAUUUACGGGAGUGCAAUCGUGUGGAGGUCAAUGCAGUGGUGCUGCUAUACAUGGCAACUCAGAUAUCUUCAGCAAUGGAAUACUUGGAAAAGCAAAACUUUAUCCACAGGGAUCUGGCAGCACGUAAUUGCCUUGUUGGAGAAAACCAUGUGGUUAAAGUUGCAGACUUUGGAUUGAGUCGGCUUAUGACAGGAGAUACCUACACUGCCCAUGCUGGAGCUAAAUUCCCAAUAAAAUGGACAGCACCAGAGAGCUUGGCAUAUAACACCUUCUCAAUUAAAUCUGAUGUGUGGGCCUUUGGAGUGCUGUUGUGGGAAAUAGCCACAUAUGGAAUGUCUCCUUAUCCUGGAAUUGAUCUCUCCCAGGUUUACGACCUUCUCGAAAAAGGGUAUCGUAUGGAGCAGCCAGAAGGCUGUCCACCGAAAGUCUAUGAGUUAAUGAGGGCAUGUUGGCAGUGGAGUUCUCUGGACAGGCCAUCAUUUGCAAAAAUACAUCAGGCUUUUGAAACAAUGUUCCAUGAUUCCAGCAUUUCUGAAGAGGUUGCUGAGGAGCUUUGUAAAACCUCUUCCAUCUCAGUACCCAUCACUACACAACUGCCAAGCCUUCCUUCCAAGGCAAAAACAUUAAAAAAACAUGCAGAAAACAAGGAAAACAUUGAAGCAGCUUUGGAUACUCGACUUGAACAGCCAAGUCAAUGCAUUCUCUCAGAGUUUGUUGCUGGUGGUAGCAGUGAAGGCUCUCCAUCUGUGCCACGUAAGCAGAGGGAUAAAUCUCCAAGCAGUGCCCUGAAGGAGUCAAAGGAAACCACUUUCACACGUGACCGCAAAGCAGGCUUCUUUAGCUCUUUCAUGAAGAAGAAACCACAGCAGCAACAAAGUGUUCCAAUGCCACCUAAAAGGAGUAGCUCUUUCCGAGAAAUGGAAAACCAGCCACAUAAGAAGUAUGAACCUACAGCCAAUUUCAAUACAUUCACCACUUCCUCCACUCAAAUCGAUGGAGUAAACUUUUCUCCUUCCCAUGGGGAAAGCAACCAUGUUCAACCACGUUGCUGUGGAGCAGCAUUUAGCCAGAACUCCUCAACUCAUCUUGAUGCUGCUUCAUCUACUGGUGUACCCCUUGGAGGCAGUGGUUGGGCUGGUAUUGCUGGUUUCUUUACUCCCCGCCUAAUCAAAAAGACCUUGGGGUUGAAACCUGGGAAACCAACAGGAACGGAGGAUGAAGUAGAAGCCAGCAAAUUGAACAAGCCUUUUCCCAGAUCCAAUUCUACAUCCUCAAUGUCAUCAGGGCUUCCUGAUCUAGAAAGGAUGGCACUAACCCUCCCCAGAAACUCUCACCGCUCUAAGGUCCACCUUGAACGAACUUCAUCUACUGCCUCUCAACCUGAGGAAGGAUCUGGAAAGCUAAUUGAUGCUACAGUUAAAAGAUUAGACGAAGGCACUGCUCAAAUAAGAGAGAGACCUAAAGCUAAGAUAGUGCCUAGGGUUGUUGGAAACAGCAGUCUCAUGAGGCCAUCGGAUAUAGAAGGAGAAUUAGAUUGUGAUUCUUCAGGUAACACUAAGGUAAAAGAGAACAUUCAGGAAGAUGAUCAGGACAAGCAGUGCUGGUCUUCUCCAUCCAAGGUGAGCAGCGUUUUCCCCCCAGUGUCCCAUAACCACAAAGUCCCUGUCCUAAUUUCUCCCACUAUGAAGCAUGCUCCAGCCAACGUGCAUCUCAUUGGUAUUGACUCUCAGGGCAAUAGGUUUAAGCUCCUUUCAGAACAUCAGGGAGACAAGGACAGGCCUAGGCUAGUAAAGCCAAAGUGUGCUCCACCUCCUCCACCAACACUUAGAUUAUUGCAGCCUCCAUUGUCAUCAUCUUCCUCUUCUAGUGUAUGCACUACAGAUAGCUCAGAAGAUCCACUGGGUAUUCGGGAGCCGGAAGUGAAUGGUGAAGGAAUCAAGAAAUCUGGAAAGAUAGCAAGUGGGAGACCAUCUGUGCCACCACCUCAAGUGCCUCCAUCAUUAUCUUCCUCUGGUCCACCUGUCUGCACCACACCCACUAAAAUGGCAAAUGGUGCUGCGAAAAUUGCUCUAAGAAAAACUCAACAAGUGGAAAAAGUUACAGUGGACAAAAUCAGUAAAAAGGCCCUUCUUGAGUGUGCAGAGUCCCUGGCCAGUGCUAUCAGUACCAAUCCUGAGCCAACUUUUACUAGUCAUAUAUUUGAUGCUGGCCAUCAGCUCCUUGAUUAUUGCUCAUGCUAUGUGGAUUGCAUUCCACAAACCCGUAACAAAUUUGCCUUCCGGGAGGCUGUAGGAAAACUGGAACAGAGUCUUCAAGAGCUGCGGGCUUCCUCAGCUGUUGGCAGCAGUGGUUUUGCUGCUACUCUGACUCUUAAUAACUUACUGUCCUGCAUUAAGGAGAUUAGUGAUGUGGUUCAGAGGUAGCCACCUUUUUUUCUCAUCUGACUUGAACUGUUAGGAAAAGGAAAUUGGGAUAAGCGAUUUAAAUUAGGGCAAGUGUGGAGUAACUUGCUAAGGGUGAAUAUUUUGAAGUACCUCAGAAAUUGCAAUUUUAUCACAUUGUUUACAGCAUUGCCUUGUCAGCAUUAAGCACUGUUGAUAAUUAGAGAUUAAUCCUGAGUCAAACUGGGCAUUUUAAGACAUGGCUCACUUUAACUCGCUCUUCCCUACUUAUUCACAAUAGUAAAAACAGCAGAAAAUGUUUGCUUCACCAUAUCAUAGUUGUAGUGUAGAUUUAACUCCUUGGUGAGGCUUGGCAUUUAAACUGUCAAUUUGUAUAUAGUCAGAUGGGCUGUUUUAGGAAAAACAUGGGAACAUGUAAACAGUGUCACGUUUUUCUUCUAACAUUCUGGAGGUACAGUUUAUUUGAAUCAAAAAUCUUACCAUAGCACAUAAUGAGCAUUUUUUUUUUAAUUGAAACUUAGACCUUUAUCUGUUUAACCCUAAUGCACUUAUUUCAUGUUGGUGUAACCUUUCUGAUUACAUAUGUACUCCAGGCUUAACAAAAACGGUGUUGACCCCAAACAACAAGUCAAAACAAAAAGUUUACCCAUUUAAUUGAGUGCACAAAACAGCUGCAGUUAACAAACAAAACUUUUAAUUAAAGAAUAUACCAUCAUAAGUACGUGGCAUGUACAUUGAAUUAAAGAAAGCACCUUGUUACAAUCUUUUAAUUUUUUUCACCCCAACCAGUGAUUAACAAUUUCUUUAUAACCUAUCCCUUCACUAUUUAUGCUUGUGAAACAUGGCUUUAAGAAGACUUUAAAUAGAACAUACUUCUAUGCCAAAUUUAUACAUUGGGGUCACAUUUAUUAUUUGCUACUUCAGUUGACCAGCCGCCAUGUUUUACAAAACGUACAUUGUUUCAUUUAUUGAGUCUACGGUUAUUUUUCAACCUUUAACCUGCCAUCUGAGGUUUUAGUUUUCUGCGGCCGGGUUCUUGCCCAGUUACUACUUCUUUUUGUUCUGCUCAAUGUACUGCAAAUGAGAUUAUUGUUCAGCGAAUGUUCGACAAUGUGAAAUAGAGGAAUGAUUAUGCUGAUCUGAGCAGAAUUUUCAGCAUAAAGUUUUGAAUUUCAUUUUUCACUACUGAUUAAAUACUUUAAAGGUUUUGCAGUCUGUUAAGAAAUAUAUAUAUAUAUAUAUAUAUAUAUAUAUAUAUAUAUAUAUAUAUAUAUACACACAUGCACUUCAAUACAUCAUUUAUAACCUAAUCCGUCUCAUUUAUCUGUUCAUAAUAUCUUGAUUUAAGAAGGAUAAACACAAAUUGCAAUUUUAAAUAUCACAUAUAUUAGGUUCAGCCUUAUAUUAUUUAGUAUUUACCCAGGCAUGUCUCACAUUAACAGAAUUCUCAUUCUCUAAAUUGCAAUGUCAACAUAGUUCCCUUUUAGAAGGUUUUCCAUCCAUACAUCACUAUAUGAUCACCUUUCAAACAUCAGCUAUAUCUGAAUUACCUUAUUUAUUUAUUUGAUAUUACACAGUGCAUGCCAGAUAAAGUUGUAACCCUUACAUGUAAAAGUAUAGUGUCCAAUGUGGGGAGCAUGAAAUUAAUGCCACUGCAGUGUCCAUUUUGAGUUACGUCUUUCACAGGUUAGAAACUUGAGCUUACUGAACACUGAGGUCAGGUUUCAGCCGUUCUCAGGGUUUUUAGUGUUUUAUCGCAAGCUAUAUAUUGCAGGCAAAUGUUGAAAAGAUUAGGCACAGAAAUCUAUAAUCGAUGUAGUGGUAUUUUAAAUGUAACCUUGCACUAAAAAUAAUCUUUAAUCACAAAUUUUGUGAUGUGAAUUAUUUUCUAAUACUGUUCAUAUUGGUGGUUUAAUGUACGUGUAAAGCAAAAAAAAAAAAAUAAAAUUAGCAUUAAGCAUUUGUUAACUGUCAGAAGAUAGCUGUCUAACACCUGAAGGAUAACAGGAGACAUUGAGAGAUUUCAUUUUUAAUGCAUACAUUGCUGAACCCAUAUUUUACCAUUUGUGUUCAAAAGUUAAAUCUGAACAUUUUAAAGAUAUCCUCCUUGUAGUGCUUUAAAGCCACUUAUUUAUUUAAAUCACUUGAUGUACCAGAUCAACCACUUGAGGCAUUCAAAACCUGGUGUGUGUGCGCUGAUAGUACUGUUGCACUACUGUGUCCAAAAAUAUUUGAUGGAUGAAGUCUUUGUUAAGCGUCCCUUCUAAACUACUUUAAGAAAGAUCCAUAGAGUAGAUAAUUAAUUAUUCAGCCUCACCCUUUUGAGCUCAUAAUCACUAGUACUACAUAAUAACUAAGAAAUGCACACUUUUGGACACCUUUGCACUAAAUAUUAACUAGGUAAACCUUACCCCAAGAGAAGAAGAAAAUGUGCAAUCCAGCUGUGUGAUUAUUUGAGAAAAAGCAGAAAAUGAGUAGAUGGUUGCUUGCUGUUUUUUCCUUUUAAUUGCCCAUCAGUUUUAUUAAAUCUAAUUUAAAAGCUGAGUGUGCCUUUAUUUAUAAUGAACCAAAACUCUGUCCCUUUCAUCAAGGCCAUAUAAUAUUAAAUCUGUCCCUUAGGCCGUUUUUAGGAUAUGCUAAACAGCCAUGCAACACUAACACUUCUGUAGCUCUUUGUUGAGCAGGAAUAACCCAUUGUGUCUGACCAUUGUUUUGUUGUACUUUUGCUUACACAUUUUGUAACGUAGCUGAAGAAAUGGUUAACAUUUUUAUACCAAAGGCCACUUUUUCUUCAGUUCAUCUAGUGCAAUGAAAGUAAAUACUUAAUUGUAAGUAUGUGAAUUUUAACAGGGAUUUCAAUGAUUGAGAAAUGUUAACAUAUACACUAUUAUUAACACUAGCAGUAUUUUUCCUUUGCUUUUUAUUAUUGUAAAGUAUGUUUUUGUGUUUCUAAUUUAAAUCUCACAUUGUAUAUUGUAUUACUGUGAAAAAGUUUCUUUAUCAGUGUUAAACUUGAUGUAAAUAGAAUGCAACCAGGGUCCUGUCUGUUACUGGCUACAGGUAACAUUUUUAAACUUUUAUUUUAUUUUGUUUUAUGUUUUUUUUUGUUUUUUUUUUUUU